AUGGCGAAGGAAGUUUUUUCUUAUACCACAGUUCUCAUCCUGAUCACCUCCGCCGGCUUUGCAGCUGCUCAGCCUUCUGUGUCCAACUGCAGCCUUCAUUUUGAUUUGGGAUCAUCGCCGUCUCCAAAUUCAACUUGCGAAGCAGGAAAUUGGGGAGGGUUUCUCCGCAAAGACUGCUGCACAUCGGCGUUCAAUGUCUACCUUUACGCGUUGGGGCAGCAUGCGAAUCAAAUAGGACUGAUAUACCUCAACUCUGCCGAGCAGGGGGUUUGCUUGGCUUCCUUGAAGAAUCUGCAGAAGGAUGUUUUAGACUGUGGGAUUGAGAAGCUGACAAGUGGCGCCGGUGGCUGUUCUGACUUCACUGUUGCUGACGUUACAAAUAGAUUGGGAGACAAGUUGAAAAGCUUAGAGGUGAACUGUGGAUUCCGGCUUUCUGAUGGAAAAAAUGGGCAGCUGUGCGGUUCUUGUGCGAAUAGUUGGCAAGACAUAGGACCAUGGCAUUCGUCAUCCACGGAUGCAGAAUCUUUCGAGGUUGAAACUAAUGUUUGCAGGUUCGCGGUGCUGGUGUCGUAUACAAGCAUAAAACUUGAAGAUAAAGCACAUCUUAGUGCAGUUUAUAGUUGCCUUGGAUCACAAGAAGGCUUCAAGUAUAAUCAACCACCAAAGGGUCAUAGGAAACUCAGUAAAGGUUUAUGGAUUAUGAUCGGAGGAGGAGUCGUGGGUGUCUUUGUUUUUGUAGUACUAGCCGCCUGCAUUUUGUCAAAGAAACGUACCAAAUCAACUCCGCCACCCCCAAAAAAAGACGCAGCGUUUAAAGAUGUGAUUUUCAAGGAAUCAGGCUGUCCAAAAAUUCCUAUCAAGGAAGUGUAUUCUGCUACAGACAAUCUAAACCCAACAAAUUUCAUCGGUGAAGGAACUGCUGGAAAGGUGUAUAAGGGCAUACUAUCAAACAAUCAGCGUGUAGCGGUUAAGCACAUUAUCAAUGACGGAAAUGUGGAGACAUUUGCCAGAGAAGUUAUGAGCUUAUCGCACAUCAGACACCCGAACCUUGUUAUGUUGCUAGGUUAUUGUGUAAAUGAAGACGAGUGCUUCCUUGUCUAUGAGCUUUGUCCCAACGGCAACCUCUCAGAAUGGAUUUUUGGGAAAGAUAGGAACCUGUCCUGGAUCCACAGGCUUGAGAUUGCAAUUGAUAGCGCUCGAGGUCUAUCGUUCCUCCACACGUAUCCAGAAGGUUGCAUUGUCCAUCGCGAUAUCAAGCCAACAAACAUUCUCCUCGGGGAGAAUUUCGAAGCAAAGCUAUCAGACUUUGGACUCUCCAAGAUUAUUGAGCUGGGAGAAACCUAUGUCAGUUCAGAAGUGAGAGGAACUUUCGGGUACGUUGACCCAGACUAUCGGAUCAACAACCACGUAAAUUCAUCAGGAGAUGUCUACAGCUUUGGAAUCGUACUUCUGCAGAUCCUAUCGGGGAAGAAAGUUAUCAACAUGAAUCUGAACACACCAAUGCCAUUAAAUAAACAGGCAAAGGUCCUCAACCGAGGUGGCAGCAUUAAUGAAUUCGCUGAUCCUAAACUUGACAGGGAAUACUCAGAAGAAGCGUUUGAUCUAACGCUUCAGCUGGCAUUGUCGUGCACAGCACUCAAACAACAAAGACCGUCAAUGCAGCAAAUUGUUGUGAGAUUACAAGAGGCGCUUGACAUAUCAACACGGGCAAAGGCCUCUACUCCUGAAGACUCACCAGAAGCAAGCUUCUCGUAUUGAA